AUGAGAGAGCCUAUGAACGAUGUGUCGUUCUCGUCCUUGACACUAAGGAGACAUGGAUUUCAGGAUGAGUGAAGCAUUCACGAAAAAGAUCCUGACUCUUUUAUAGCAUAUGCAGAUUUAUUGAUAAAUUUGUAUCGGAGCAGUGUUGGCUCCAGCUUCCACCAUUCUUUUGGAUUGCGCAGUUCUUAUCAAACCUCUUAUAGCCCAAAAGGAUGCCCUGUUUUGAUCAGUUCAAGGGUAGCUAUACUUGAAACCUCUGCUUUUUCAGGUAGAGGUUACGCUACCCAGUUCCCGAAAAUGGGGAUUUGGAAUUUAUCAACUUCAAACACUUCAAGAAUAAAUUUAGACAACUACUUCGGAGAAAUACAUAUCAAUAACUACCAACUUGAACAAAUUGUGAAAAAUGCAGACUUAGUUGUCCUAAGUCCACAAGAUUUGGACGACGCCAGAAUAAUAAAUAUCCUAAGAAAUUCAAGCUAUAUAAUCAAAGAUGAACUCAACAUAAAAAGUAAAGCAAACAAUAAAAUUUACAAGGAGUUUCUAACUCCUGAAAAUGAAAUUACGCAUACACUUGAUAUAGAUGCAGAUUGUUUAAGCACUAAUCGUGCUAACUAUAUGAUUCAAAAAAUCUUAGAACUACAUUCUUUUACUGAAAAUUGCAACAGCAACCCAGAAUUUAAUAUCGAAAUCAAAAUCACCAGCAGUGCACCCACUACUAACUGAAUUUACAACUUUAAAUUUGACUUAACAAGAAUUCUCCGUGGAAUCAGAAUCUUGCCAGAAUGCUCAGAGCUGGACACUUGGAGUUUUGUCCUUAAAAUCUUAGACCCUUUGGAAGAAGGAGAAAACGGUAAUGAAUCCAUAGAAGCUUAA